ACCCCAAUUGUCUUACAGAUUUGUGAUCUCACCGGUGAGCUACUUAAAUACAGCAACAACAACAAAAAAAAAAGACUUGUGUACUGUAAUUGACAAAGAUUAUCAAAAAACAAAUUGAACGCAAACAUGUUUACGGAAUAGCACAGGGCAAGUGUUGAUUAUUUCCGUAGUUUUAUCUCAACGUUGUGAUUUUGAUAGUGUAUCGCAUCCGAAUUUGAAAGCACGAAGACCACUGCUUCUAAAACCAACUUCCGAAAAAAAUCAAAGUUUUGAAAGAGCCUUCUGCAAAAAAAUGGCUGCAAAUAAGGACAAAGAGCCUCUUUCCGAUUCGCUUAUCCUUGCGCUUUCACGUUACCUACUAACUGAAAAUGACGAAACUAGACAUGGAAUAUGACGAUGUAAGGACGAACGAUUCUUCCCAUUUGCAGUCGGGAUCAGGUGUCAACUCCAAAAUUGAUUACAAGUUUGCUUCAAAAGGACCCCAAAUUAAAGCUGCAUUAGCAGCCAGCAUGGGUGCCUUCAUUUUAGGGACUAUCAUCGGUUGGUCUUCCCCUGUUCAGCCCCAACUUCAGUCGAAUUCUACCGAAUCUGGUGAUGGGGAUAGCAUGUGGAUAGCGGGCAUAACGCUGGAUGAUAAUCAAAUGUCAUGGGUUGGCUCGUUGUCCAACUUGGGAGCUCUAUUCGGUGCUCUUACCGGAGGAAUUUUGAUGGACAAGUUCGGACGGAGAUCUAUCCUCAUGGUCAUGUCCCUGCCUUACUUUGUUGCUUGGAUGCUAAUAACAUUUGCAGUGAAUCCUGCUAUGCUAUACACCGGUCGUGUUCUUGGUGGCCUUGCUGGAGGAAUUUGUUCAGUGGUUUCGCCCAGUUAUUUAGGUGAAAUUUCUAUGCCCUCUCUAAGAGGACUUCUUGGCAUGUGUUUUUCUUCGCUGCUGUGUGCUGGAAUUUUGGUAACCAGCCUCACGGGCUGGUUGAAUUGGCGCCUUAUAUCCGGCAUUGCAGCCAUAGAUCCUAUACUACUUUUUGUUGCCAUGCUCUUCGUCCCUGAAUCACCAUACCACUUGAUUAAAACAGGGCGUCCGUCUGAUGCUGAAAAGGCACUCAAAUGGUUGAGAGGGCCCGACUACAAUAUUGCUCCCGAAAUUAUGCAAAUGGAAGCUCGGUUGAACGCGGAACUCGCGGAAAAAUUCAUCCCGUCCGAUUUGUUCAAGCCGUGGGCUAUAAAACCUUUACUGUUGGCUGUUAGUCUAAUGAUAUUCCAACAGCUUUCUGGUAUUAAUGCUGCUGUCUACAACGCUGUGGCUAUUUUUGAAUCCGCCGGAUCUACACUCGAUACGCUAGUCUGCGCAAUUCUCCUAAAUUUAGAUCAACUCGUCGUCACAAUCGCCUCGUCUCUCCUAGUCGAGCGAUUAGGCCGUAAAACGUUGUUCGUCAUCUCCGAAUCCGUGAUGUGCCUUUCCCUGGUUGGAUUGGGUACUUUCUUUUACCUGAAAGAGAAUUCGUCAACUGAUCCGGCGAUCAUCGAAUCUCUCAGCUGGCUACCAUUGGUUUGCCUGAUCCUGUUUAUAGCUGCUUUUGGCAUAGGAGCCGGACCGGUGGCCUGGCUUAUGACUGGUGAAGUCCUGCCAUCUAAAAUCAAAGGACCUGGUGCCUCUAUAGCUGUUUUUACGAAUUGGUUUCUGGCGUUUGUUGUAACCAAAUCGUUUGUCAAUAUUCAAGAAGCUCUCACCAGCGCCGGAGCGUUUUGGAUGUUUGGUGGUUUUUGUGUCUUUGGAACUUUGUUUGGAUUAUUUCUCUUGCCGGAGACUAAAGGCAAAACGCAGGAAGAAAUUCAGGCAUUCUUCAAUAAGAGAAAAUAGUUUUAAAUUGAGAGUUAGCUUAUCAUCUCUAAUAUGAUUUCAUUUAA